UUCGCACGGCCCGUGUAUUUUCAAGGAUUGCAUUACCCGGGCCCCCUAUCACGUACGAACGGAUCAUUUUGAACCUGAGAAAGGUCUAUUACCUUGUCUAUAGGCCCUAUAUCCGUUCAAUGCAUUUUGUAUAAUAGAGUUCACAACAGUCGUAUGAUCCGUGUGUGUAGGAUCCGUGGUCAGUCAGUCAAACUGCUGGUACCUCAGAUCCAGUUCAGCAAAAAGUUGCACCAGACACUUCUGCCACUAUCAUAAUCCUGAAAGUCAAUGCAAAAGAACCAUGUGCUCAUCUAGUGAAUGUUAUGCCGGCCGGACAGGUUGGUUCGUUGUGCUCGCUCUGUGGACCAGACUCUUCAUUUUGGUGGGAAUAUACAAAGCCAUCGGUAUGAUGAUUCCGUUAUUGCAAGUUCAGUUUGACACCACCACCUGGAUACUCGGCUGGAUAACGUCUAUCAUUGGAGCUCCCGCGGGAUUAGCUGGAAUAUUUGCCAAACCUAUCGGUAGAUAUUUGGGACCCGGUAACGCCGUCAUGCUAUGUGGAGCAAUGAUUAGUGUAUCAGUCAUUAUUGCAUCGUUUGCCACGUCUCCUGUUCAGCUGGCUUGCGUGUUUGUUCUGCUUCUCGGAACUGGAUUUGGAAUUUCUGGCGUGUUGAUUAAAGAGGCUAUUGGUCGGUGCUUCAACAAGAACUAUGCGACGGCCACGGGUAUUGCACGGACCGGAGAUUCCAUCGGUCUGUUCGUGUGUGCACCAGCCGCUCAGAUUUUCCUCGAUGUGUAUGGUUGGCGGGGAGCCACGCUUCUAAUAGGCGCUAUCUCUAUGCAUUUUGUCGCGUGUGGUGCACUUUUAGUUCGAGCUGGAAUAUCUUCCAAAAGCAAGUACCAAGAGCUUCCAGGAAACGACAUCAUCUCUAAACCUAAUCGACUUCCGUCUUGCUGUUUCACAUUCUCCAAGACUGUUUCCGAGAACUUUGACACGCGACUUUUCACUGAUUACCGUUACUGGUCGGUGGCGAUCGUCGCGUGCAGUACCAAGUUCACUUUCAACAUGUGGAUCAUUUAUUUCGUUUCGCAAGCGCUGUCUAACGGGUUUUCUUUGGAGGAAGCGGCGACGUUUAUCGCCAUCGGCGGCAUUGGAGGUUUGCUCGGAAAACUCGUCCAGGGUAUUUUAGUUGACCGUGGGGUGGUAUCAAUUGUCCUUCUGAUGGGAAUAACUUUAAUUAUCAGCUCUGCGGCGUUUUGCGUAACUCCGUGGCUCACUUCGUAUUGGCCAAUGAUGACGUCGACAGUGGUGAUUUUGACAUGUUCUGGCGCCCUCUGCUGCUUACUCGACGUCCUUAGUAAGCAGGUUCUUGGAGUAGAGCUACCGGCUGGUGCUUUUGGCUGGACGGCUUUCACUAGCGCCAUUGUAGAUGUCGCAAUUGGCUUUAUUCCUGGUUGGAUCUACGAUUCGACAGGCAGUUACACCACAGCGUUUAUUUUCAUAGGCUCCGUUCAGUUCCUUCCAAUCUUUCCCCUUCUCAUUCUGCGAUACAAACAAUGUGUCGAAUGAACGUGUUUUACACGCAAAUAAAAUUUACGCGCAAAAUCAAUGUAAGUGAAGCCCCUUGAUUUACAAUUAAAAAAGAAAGUAUAAUCAGGACAUAAUCUUGAAUAAGGUUCGUUAAUAUGUUUGGCAACGAUAUCCCAUCCAUUUUCAAUCAAGAAGUCGUUUGUGUGCUGAGGUGAUGAUCUGAAGUUGUUUCGACGAUCCGGGUGCCUGAUCAUGCUCGACUCCUUAAGGAGGAUAUGGACAGACUCUCUGCAUGGUCCUCCAGAUGGAAGUUAACAUUGAACCCUAUUAAAUGUUUCGCACGGUCCGGGUGCCUGAUGGUGAAAAUCAUCUUCAUUAUCCUUUGUUCACCCUACAUCUAACAAGGACUGCUACAGAUACUCUUUCCAAGAACAACAGCUCAGUGGAACUUACUUCCUACAGAAGUCAGGGAAGCUACUUCAGUGGAGUCAUGUAAGUCAAGGCUCCAUGAGAUGUCCUCAACACUAAGGGGGCCUACUAACAAAAUUGUAUAGGGAUGCUGCUAGCCACCACGCGCCUGCAACCGUAUAUCCCAUAGUGGAGUUUGCUUGCAGUAUGCUACAGAUACAGAAUGUAAAGUCCUUACUUUGUCUUUUUAGAAACAGCCUGUUUAGAUCGAUUACAUACUCUCUCAUUCCCGUCUGGAAAGAGUCACCGACUAUAAGGAUUUGGGUAUUUUAAUCGACUCUAAAUUAACAUUCAUGUUGACUACACUGUUGGCAAAGCAAAUCGUAUGUUGGGAAUUUUCUGGUGUCAUUGCAAAAAUCGAGAUCCCAACACAAAACAGGUGCUUUAGUGUUCUGUUGUAAGACCCAGUCUUGAAUUUUCAUCACUGUGUUUCUAUAUCUGCAUCGCAAGUGGAGCCUAUCGAGCGUGUCCAAAGAAAAUUCUACCGUUUCCUUGGCAACAAUGCGGACGACACAGGAGCAGGUCAACCUCAACAUAAAUCGUUGGAUUCAGUAAAGCAACGUAGGCAAACUCUGGACCUGACUUUUGUCUACAAAUGUGUCAACUCGUAUUUUACUUGCAAUAUGAUUUCUUGUUUCUCUUUGAAGAUAUCUCUUUCCAAUCUCCGAUAUCCCGAUGUGUUCCAUGUUCAGUGUAACAGGGUUUGUGCUACAAAAACAAAAAUGGGUUUAUUCGGGUGCGUACCUAUGCUCCCCAAUCCCUAUGUUCCCCAGUCCCUAUAUUCCCCGUCCCUAUAUAUGUUCCCCAGUUCCUAUGUUCCCCAGUCCCUUUAUUCCCCGUCGCUCUAUAUGUUCCCCAGUCCCUAUGUUCCCCAGUCCCUAUAUUCCCCGUCCCUAUAUAUGUUCCCCAAUCCCUAUGUUCCCCAGUUCCUAUAUUCCCCGUCCCUAUAUAUGUUCCCCAGUCCCUAUGUUCC